AUGACGAUCUUCUGGCUCGUUGGAGCGGUUGAUUCCCUUGGAGUCAUGAGGGUGUGUCUGAGAGAGACCCUGAUAGUACGGUUCGUUCGUCCUUUGCCUGGCGGCUGGCCGCUCUCGUCUGCUCUGCUCGUUUCCGUCUGGGUUCGAAAGCCUGACAAAUUAGCGACGAGGGGCAAAUACUUUACUCGCCCCCUACAGUAGAUAACAAACGACUUUUCCUCGUGAUCAUUUGUGGGAGCCUUUUCUUAUUCCAGACCUUUCCGCUGACUCACCGCGCUCCAGAUUCCAUUCCUUGUUCACAAAAGGAUCAAUCCUUGUACAUGUACCACCUCCUC